AUGAAAUGGUUAUGGAGACCCGAAUUGAAUCCAGAGCGUCCGGUUCGAGAGGAAAAUUAUCGCUGUUUUUGCGCGUUUCUGACGGCAAAGGUUGGCUGUGCUUUAUUCAUUCUCCUCGAUAUUUUCAUUAUCGGAGUUUGGAGUACUUUACUAUACUUCCUACCUCAAUAUUUUUACUUUUGGGCAAUUGGUAUCGCGAAUUCAAUCUUUUUUAUCACCCUUGCUCUUUUCGCUCUCUACAAACAAACACCUGUUUUGAUUCAAGUUUAUUGGAUUCUAUUUUUAUUUGAGUUAAUUGUUUUUUCGAUAUUGUUUACUGUCUUGAACCUGGUGGCAAAUGGGGCAGUGAUCAGCUUUAUUGUCUACUUUGCCAAUGACAAACUAUUCAUCCUGUAUUCGAGUUUGGUUAUGUUAGCUUCAAAUCUUCUCAUGAUGUUGGUGAUUUUUGUCGGCUGGUGGAGAGCCACCGUUACCUGGGGUUACUAUCGCUUUGCUAGAGACAAGCUCUUGGCAAAAGAAUUCGAGAAUCCAACUGGCUGGUGGAGGAUACCG